GGAGAGAGGUGGACGCCGUCGUGUUGCGUGUGCCGAGAAGUGGUUGCCGCUUCCAAGGCGGAUUCGCGCCCGUCCCAGCUGGAAGCGUUCGACACCGGGCGUCCAUCGGAUCGCGCGUCGAACUCUCGCCGCACAGGAUUUCUCCGCCGAAAUGAACGUGUGCCUGCGCCCGUCCCUGCUUUUGCUGCUGCUGGUCUGGUUGAGCGUGACGGGCCAUGGGACGGCGCGGCCUCCAUGGCCUUCCGGCUCAGGAAGCGGCAACGCCGACCGGUCUCAACGGCCCCAUGGUCGGAACCAGCCCUGCCACGAUGGACAUGGACGCGAACAACGUGCCAGACUGCGCCGGGUCCUACUCGCUAAUGGAACGGCCGUCUGCAAUGACGGGUCGCCUGCAGGGUACUACAUCCGGAAAAGGCCUGGAAAUCGGCGUUGGAUUCUCUUCCUCGAAGGGGGCUGGCACUGCUACGACGAUAAAAGCUGCGCGGGCCGCUGGAUGCGCACCCGCCAACUCAUGUCAUCUCUACAGUGGCCAGAUAGCCGCCAGGUUGGUGGUAUACUGUCAGCAAACAGAGAAGAAAACCAAUACUGGUGGAAUGCAAACCACGUGUUGGUGCCUUACUGUUCCAGCGAUGCAUGGAGCGGCGCGACAAAUGGAAAAACUGAGAGGUUGGGAACGCUCCAAUAAGGUGAUUCGGCGUAUGUUUUUCAAGCCGGCUAUGCCUUUAUGGGGUCUCUCAUUCUGCAGUCUGUCGUCCGCGAAUUGCUUGGACGAGGACUUUAUGAAGGCAAAUUGCUGCUGCUCGCCGGAAGCAGUGCUGGCGGCGCAGGCGUUCUGCUGAACGUGGACAGGAUCGCCGAUCUGCUGGCGUCCCUCGGCUCAAAAGUCAAGGUCCGCGGUGUCGUAGACUCGGGAUGGUUUCUCGAUAACGAUCCCUUCGAAGCAAGGGAAUGCCUGGAACCUUACUCAUGCGCACCUGUGGAAACUAUCAAGCGUGGCAUCAGGUUGUGGAACGGCCAAGUUCCAGACCGCUGUAAGCCACUAUACUCUGAUUAUGAACAAUGGAGAUGCUAUUUUGGCUACAGGAUAUACCCUACUUUGAAAGCACCAACAUUUGUAUUUCAGUGGGUGUUUGACGAAGCACAGAUGGCUGUCAACAAUGUCGCUGCCCCUUCAAGCAAAGCCCACUGGGACUACAUUCAUGCCUUGGGCAGCAAGCUUCGUAGCACUCUCAUGAAUGUGACGGCUUUAUUCGCACCGUCUUGUAUUUCACACGAGAUUCUCACUAAAAGAAACUGGCAGGCGAUUGAAAUCUGCGGAAUAUCUCUGCCCCAGGCCCUGCGCUGCUGGGAACUACAGAAACAUGAACACAACCACCAUGAGCACCACUCGAAUCACAACCUUUAUGACCAGCUCCCGGCUAGGGAGAAUGAGACGAGCUUUCUACACAGAAAACUUGGAGACGUAUCUGCGACAAUAAUGACGAACGGCCAUGCACAAAAAACUAAAGCACGACGUCGGAACAUGAAGAGAAGACGAAAGAACUGCAGGCACAACAGAAAGGGCCUGAAGAAAGCAAGGAAAGGAGAAUAUUCAGCCACGUCAGGACCUCUGAGGCCCGAGGAGCCAAGGCGUCGGUCUCGCGAGCGACCCGGCAGCCGGCACGCUCAGCACCGUUGGCGGCUGCACGAAGACCUCUGUCAACACUGGCUCAUGGACAGCUGCGCUUGGCCACAGUGCAACCGCCGCUGCCCGCGCAUGCUGGACCCGAUGACCGGCCGUGAGCUACGGUUCUCCGACCUUUUGCGCUCGUUCGGCCUCGACGUGGCCGCAGUCGCCGCCGCGCUGGGGCUCGACCAGGCGGCUCUGGCAGCCAUGGAGCCGGACGCCCUGCUGCACGCCGACUGAUCGCGCGGGCCAAUGGGAAGGGUCUGCGCUCUAGGAGCGUAGCUAGUGCUGCGCUCUUCCAAGAACACCGAAACGGCGCGCGCGAUGAGAGCCAUUUCGCAAUCCGCUGACUGACGACUUGCUCUGGAGCAUGCGCUGCGACACAGGUUUGCCAGUCGCUGUUCGCACGCUUCGUUGUGCAAGAAUUGUGUGCCAACAGAUUGGCACCGCCACUGCUCACGUGGCGUGCGUAGCCUUAAGGCCCUUCGUUUGGCAUCGUUAAAUCCACAGCGGAGAGCGGAGUCAUCAGAAUAUGCUGUGCUGUAUUGUCAUAUGCUGUGUUGGGCACUGAGAUUGGCGCCAGCAGCGGCGACAUGUUGAUCUGUCAGCGCAUGGUCGGAACAACCGAUCUUGGCCAACCGGCAUCCGGUAAACAGCGCAGCCUCUCUUGCGCUAUGAACGACGGCAACAGAAGCUGGGGUGAGGGCUGGUCAUUUACGAUAUGGCGGAUUAUUUCCCAGCUUCCGGUGUUAACUGUUACAGCGGUGCUAGAUCGUCAAGAGGCCUUCCAGUUUGACCGUCGUUUGGAGUUUUGCUAUUGGAUUUGGUGCUGCGUCUCUUGUUUGAUGGAUUGGCGUGGGAGAAAUGUGAUGGUGCGUCUUUAUACAAGCAAUAUCGGGCUCCUCGCGGUUUCUUAGCUGCGUCAAGAGAGUUCAGUGGCUGACGAGCGCCAAGUGAAUUUAAUUGACAGACGGACAUGCUUUCAGGUUGGAAAGACGCAACAGGUAUGGCGCCAACGGGCAGCCGACUUCCGCAUACUUCUAUGCACUGUCUUCCCCUCACCAAUGUCAGAGUUGUGUGACAAGAGCUGCCAUGUGUUGACAGAUUUCAUGACUAGGAUGAAAGGUGAUGCGCUUACAUAGCGUAGUCAAGGGGCUUGUACGAAACUUGUAACUAUAAUUCUGUAUGUAUUUCUAACUGAUUUAGACAACGUGAAAAACGACAAGCAAGAAUCGAAGGAUAGGUAAGCACUUAGCAAUUGGGCAUGUGUGGCGUCUUUAUAAAAUUUUUUCGUGGUCUUGUAUUUAUAACAUGUCGUAUGAGCACUGGCCUGCCCAAGUUGUCAUUUUCGUAUCCCAAUGUCCAAGACUCCUGAUCCAUGUUCUCGUGGUACGUCUUUCAGAUAAGUUUCGAUACCACUGCGCUUGAGCAUGGUGGACUCUAAUGUCUGCAUUAAUGCUUGAGAUCUUUCGCAAGGGUUUUUGGUGGUGACGAACAUUCUUGUUCUCGCCUUCCACUACUCGGCAGGUAACAGCAGCAGUUUUCGUCAAAGCUGUCGGAACUUCAUUUGCACAUCUCAUAGGUGGGGUCACAAAAGGUUGUGGUAAGACCGGUUAUGUAAACCUCCGAUGAUGGUUCUAGACAUCUCGUGUAAAAAAAAAAAGGCAACUAAGGCUGAAUGUUUGCUCACUUGCGUUGCACCCAUUAAGUAAACAUGGGAGACCACGCUCUUAUUAUGGUGCCCUAUUAUUGAAUGUCCCACAUUCGAAGCUUCAUAUCCAAUAAUCCAAUUAGUUUUGGCACUGACAUACCAGUUUAAAUUGCUCUUUCUGGCUUUUGCAUUACUUUUUAUUUAUCCAGUGGGAUCUGCUUGACGCAUGGUAGCCAGCACUUCUACUGUCCGCUAUUUGCUAUCUUCCUGAUCAAUGCCAGAAUUUAUGCUGCCAACUUGUCCAAGGCCGUAUUUCACAAAGUUAUGAUUGCCGACGCUGCACUGAUGCUUUGAGUCACAGAGUGAACGUGGUCAAUUAAUGUUAAAAAAAAACAGCCUGCCUAUAAAGUGCACCGCGAAGGCAAACUGCCGUUUUAUGUGGCGAACUUCAAGGCGUUGUACUUGAAACCCUCGUCUUUUUUCGUUUUCGCUUAGGUGUAGUAAAUUGUGAAGAUGAAGCAACGCCAACCACGUUAUGUACUUCCUGUUCAGGGUUGUCUUGACAGUGCUUGCAGCACGUGAAGGACAGUAUGUCGAUUCGUGGAGUGGUCGCUCGCUUCUAUGAUGCAUGCCUGCGUAUUCUAAUGAAGUGAACGACUGCAUUCGUACUGCCGCAAGUCUGACCAUCAGGGCAUUCGAAGAGGACAGUCCGCCAUUCUAAAGGAAAAUCCUCACCGCCAAAAGGUAUGCACUUCGGCCGUUUCAUCUAUGUCAGCUGGCACUGCUACGCUUCUGCAAGCUCAACGUUGGAAGAAACCGAAUCCGCGUAUUGGGACACUGUUUCAGCUAGAACGCAGGCGUGCUACAUGAAGGACGGCAGGAAUCCAUUCCGUCAUUUAUUUCUUUACGAUUUCCUUACUAUACGUGCGGAAAAGCCAUAAAUAAGUGUAAAUGUUGACGCCUACGCUGACCGCAUGGGUCUCGUUACACAGUAGCAAUGCCUUUUCCAGCUGUUGUUUUUCCUGAACGCAAAGCUGGCGAAAGCUACUACCGUAGGUCGCGCUACCUAUUUUUUUUUUUUGAAGUGGGCAAUGCGCCAUUUUCUCGCGACUUCGUUAAGUUGUAAACCUACGAUGUUUAUUAACAUGUUUUUGCAAAGCCUUCGAGAACAUUUUUACGCGACAUUUUUCGGGAAGUUGGUGCGAAAUUCGUUCAUGAAAGGUCGUUAACAUUCGUUCCAUAGUAUGCAUGCCAGUCUCUGGCGUUUUAUGAAGCACUCAGAAAUGCAUUUUAUGUGCACGACACUUCAAAGAUGCUCAAAGUAAAAGCGUCUGCUCUAAAUCAUGUCUGCGAAGCAACGGUAUGUUUGUUUUGUAUGUUAUUCUAGUCGCUUCUUGAAAAAUUUUCAUAUUUUUUUUAUUUACAGUACACUGUUCGGCGUUAAUUUCAUUUUUCAUCGCGCUCUGGCGUAUACCUCUUUGUGGUAUAUUGUAGCCGAUGACUCUAGGAAGCAGACUAAGGCUUCCAAAUGGACUUCCUAUGCUUUGGAUGGCCCCUACAGUACUAAGUUCUGAAAAAAAAAGAGGGCACUGUUAUGGACGCUCACUGACUUAAUUCAAUAUUUCUGCAGUUCAUUACCAGUGGAGUGUCAUGAAACUUGUUUUUUUUUAUGUUUUUCGCGUGGAUAUACUUUCUGAUGCAAGAAAUUAUAAUAAGCCCUCGCGCGAAGGUCGAGAUGCAAACAAAAGUGUGAUGAGUUUUUUUUUAUUCGGAAGUAGAUAUUGUUUUGUUUGCUUUUCUUUUUUUCGCCUUUUACAAUGGUCAUACGGGUUCCAUCGAGAGGGCAACUGAACGGUUCAAGGGCUACCCAAUGCAGUGCUGCCAACAACUAAAUUGUAGCCUCCGGUCGCGCUGCGUUUUUGUAACCUUCCAUGAAACCUAGCAGCGAGUUAUACACGUACAUGCAAACAACCAGUCGCGCUUUCAGUAAAUUUGGCCUCCAUUUUGCCAGCGAAUUCACUAACAGAACAUGCUGCUUGACGUAUAGCACACAACAAACAUGGUGAUCACUUUUUUGUUCGAAAAAUUUGUCUGUCUACCCCAGCGAUUGCGUUAUAUGCUGACGUUGUCUGAUGUAAUGUUGUUAAAUGGUUAUUUCUCUUGAAGCAUGUAAUUUCUUCCAACUGAAAGCAUCGAAAAUGCUCAAAUAGUGCAAUGGCCUUGUUGCGGUUUUCACCAGCACAUCAAACAAUAUAAUGUGAAGUGGAGCUGUCGCGAGAUUUUUAUUGCAGAUAGGGUAAAUUACUGCAAGAGGAGUGAAGUGAUAACAAUCUGACCAUUCAUUCAAGCGUGGCCGACUCAGCAAGGUCUCAGGGGCUGAACACGCAAGAACUUGAAAUUCAUUAUGCCGUAGUUUCUUAGCGGCGGCACUUCCAUUGUCCUGUUUCAUUUAUUGCAGCUCGAAUGAAAACACAGGAUGCAAUACGCGUAUAUUUAUCACGUCGACGCGCCCCUCUUGUAAAAUUCGCUGCCGUUCAGAAUGGAAAUGGCGCCAGCCAUAAUUUAUGCAUGUAAAACAUGGCAGCAUGUAAACUAUGUGCACCAUUUACAUAUAUGGCUGCCAGUUCAUUUUCUUUUUUGUUGUCUGCAUUGUCUUGUGCUGUGUUUUAGAAUGUAUGGAACAAAACGGGUAUAAAGAACAGCUGUAUGCAUUUUAUGCCCUUUUUACACCUUUACAACUCAGGGUUGCAUUGUGGUCGUGUAUAACUGCCUUGUAGAUAAAUUUGUACUAAUAAAAUAGCAGUAUUGUAGAUAAA